AUGGCUGCCCUCUCGACCAACUCGAUACAGAAGUGGUACAACCGCUACCUGAGUGAGGUGGCUAAUGGAUGCCUGGAGCUGCCUGUCUACGAAAAGAAUGAUGAUGGCUCGAUCAAGAUUUACUAUGGGGAGCUCUUCUGCCGUGUGCCUGACUGUUCAAAGGCCCAGGAAGGAAAUAUUGGUGGCCGUGCUGCACAGAAGACAGUUGAUGAGGCUGUUAGUAAGUGGCUGUUGAGUGGUUUUGAACUGGCUUACAACUGGUUAACAACUGGUUAA